CUCCAUGGAAAACCCAGUCUUGGAACAACUUGAAGGUCAAGUUCAUGAUCCAUCCGAGACUGCUCACAUAUUGCCAGAUGACAUCCACAGGUGUUAUGAGCUAAUACGUGCUGCGAAUCACAAACUGCAGCAGGAGUUGGAGAUAGCUGAUUCUAGAGGACGCGAGGAUUAUGACAAGGACCUGGGACGAUGGAAGAUAGACGCACAGAAACUCGGUGACAGUGAGCUCCAGCCAAGGAAGUUCGCGUUCAUAGGAAGAACUGGAGUUGGCAAGAGUACCGCCAUUAAUGCGAUACUAGGUGCGCCCGUAUUAUCAACGGCAGCUGAUACGGAAGUGAUCUACGAAAAUUUGCCUCCUUCAGAGUGGAGGGUCAGCGUCCAAUUCAUUGAAGAGCAUGACUGGGAAACUACUCUAUCGAACAUGCUAGAUGACCUAGAAGUAUACCGUAACAAAGGCCCUUCGAAUCACGGACGUGGUACCCACGAUGAUAGCGGGCCUGCGAUGGAGGCAUGGGAAACGUUGAAACAGGAAAGUCCUAGUUAUUUUCUGGUGUAUCCUCACCUUCGUACCCUAUCGUUUCCCCCGCCUGAACAAGAUAUACAUACACUUCUUGAGCAUGAGGCUGUAGCGUCCAAGCUCGGAACUGAGAUCUCUAUAUGUGGCGUAGGCUUCGACAAACUGGAAUUACAGGAAAGUUGUAAUUGGAAAUCACAGUUUAAUUCGUAUCUGAACCAUGCACAGCUUCGGCCGUAUCUGACUUCGUACUCAAACAUCGCAGCGGGGGGGCCACCGGAGUCAUCUGUCUGGCAUCUAGUAGACAGGGUUCGUAUCUAUGGAGCAUUCGAGGUACUCGCAUCCCGUGCAGUUGCGCUCGUAGACGUCCCUGGCUUUGGGGAUGCAAAUAAAACGAGAACGAAUCGGACCGAGGAAUACCUCAAAACCGCCGAGGUUGUUGUAUUAGUUGCAGAUAUCAAGCGGGCAGUUGAUGACCAGACCAUGCGCGAUUACCUUAAGAAGUUCCUGCGAACAAUGAUUAGAGUAGACGGAAGCAUGGAGUCACUUUUAAUAGUCCUUACUGGGGCAGAUGUGCCAAUUAACGAGGACCAAUUACAUCAUCUCGAUGUAAAGCAACGCAGUGUAAUCCAGGAAAUGUGUCAGGCUAUCGACAGACUCAGCGACAGCCUCAAAGAACUCGAGGAUAGCAGCAAGAAACUCAGUGCUCCAACGUAUAAUAAUUUCAAAGAACAUAUGGAGCAUCAGCAGAGGAGGAAUGAAAUAACUAGUAAGUUGCAAACCAAGCAGGCUGACAAGAGCACAUACAUCGCACACCAACGGGCUGCUCGUGUACGAGAGGUCUUUCUCCAUCUCUAUCGUCAAGUAUACCACAACAUCAGUAAUCAGGAUAACGCUAAAGAACCCCCUCCAUUACCCGUUUUUUGUGUUGGGAGCACAGAUUUCAACCAACUUUUGGGCGUGGGCGGACGCAACAAAGCUCCUUCGGUUUUUACUAACCCUGAAGAUACUGGUAUACCACAAUUGUGUCGGCACAUCCACGACUUUGGCCGCAAAAGAGCACUUUCCGACAUCAAGGCCCAUAUAGAUCAAUGUACCUUGCUACGCGCCGAAGUCAAUAGUUUCUUCAAGCUUCUCUCCGCCAGGAACGAUUCGAUGUCAACAACCCAUCAAAAAGCAGCAAGAAUUGCAUUGAAAAAGUUCAAACGCGUUGUCGAGGACACAUGCGAGGAUUCAGGAGGUAAAAUCGACGACAGCAUCAACGAGCUGGAGAACGCUCUUCGAGAUGAAGCUGAGAAUGCCGCUGACUGCAGUCUCGACAUCAUUACGUCGCUUGGAGUCUACCCAUAUCAGACCUACCGUGCUGCCAUGCGCAGAGAGGGUGAAUGGCAACGGAUCGAUCUAAAUGAGGACCUCGUACGCGAUAUGUUGGAAGGGAGUGUUUCAAGGAUAUGGCACGAAUUGUUCAAUGAUUCCUGGAAAUCAGAACUGGAGUUGCUCAUCUAUUCAAUUCUGGGUCACUAUCGUGCGGCGAUAGGCUCUAUCAAGGACGGAGAGAAACAAAACGCAAAACCAAAGAUUGCAACACGCGUUCAAGAUGCCAUCAAGGCAGAAGACAUCUUAGAUACCGCAAAACAGCGCUAUUUAUUUGCCAUUUCGAAGAUGCAAAGGCAAGGCCUCUUAGAAUUUGGUGGAUCCUUCAAAGGAUUCAUUCGUAACGAGCUUAAAGCUCAUUACGAUCUCGUUGGAAGUGAGCGUGGCAAAGGAAUGCUCCAACGAAUGAAGGACAUGAAUGAGGAGUACUUUCGUACGGAUAACGCGCAAAAACUAUAUUCUGGCCUUGUCGAUGAUGUUAUGUUGGCUAUUCGCUCCGCCAAAAAUGCAGGGGACAGGGCGCUCGAGGAAACAAUUCCUCGACUAUGUGCUCACAUCGAACGCAGUACAUCAAAUCUCUGGCAGAGGUCACACUCAUUACGGAUAGGUACGAAGAGCGCGAUACGACGCCGAUGGAGUAAUGCGCCGAUGUACGGAGAUUGGUUGUACUUCUUAAGACUCGGAAAUCUUCUUUAUGUACUUUACAGUUACUUGAGCUUGGGACAUGUGUAUGCACGUUCUCGGAAUAACACACCUAUCAC